CCGAAGUUUCCUUAUAAUUUACAGGAAAGGGAGCGCGCUUGGCUUAGAUCUUAGCUCGAGGAGAAGCCCGGCCUUCUCGCUCUCUUCGCCAUUGCCAAAAUGAUGAACAGUGGUUAUACCAAUAUUGACAACCAGAAGAUCCCCGGAUCUGUCCCCGCCGUUUCUAGUCCAGACCAUGUCGCGCUGAAGUUUCCAGAAUCCAAUCUUCAGACAUUUCCACCUUCAGAAACUCAAGGCAAGAUCUCGGGCACCUUUCGUCCGCCUACUGAUGCAGAUGAUACGUUUUCAAAGCCAGCUUCUGGAAAUACCAAUAAUGAGAGUCAGCCAAGUGGGUGGCUGCGAAUGUUCACAGUUGCUGCUUACAAACCCUAUUUUGAUGUUGAUACCUCUGAUGUUUUGGAAAGGAUUAAGGAGUCACUUAUCCCAUUUAAGGGAAGCUUUUCAGAGAAGAUUGUUGACAAUCCAGACUUGUAUGGACCAUUCUGGAUAUGCACCUCUCUGAUAUUUGUGGCAGCAUCCAUCGGCACAUUUAUUACGUAUUUGGCUCACAAGCUCAAUAAAAAGGAAUGGAAUUAUGACAUAAACCUGGUCACAUGGUCGGCUGGCUUAUUCUAUGGCUACGUCACCAUUGUUCCCCUUCUUUUGUAUGUCAUCCUCAAAUACUUCUCAGCGCCCUCCGGCCUCGUCCAACUCUGGUGCCUCUAUGGAUACUCCCUCUUUGUAUUCAUCCCCGCCUCAUGUUUGUCGAUCAUUCCAUUGGAAUUGUUCAGAUGGGUUGUUGCUGGUGUCACGGGAUUCAUGUCAGCGAGUUUUGUGGCUCUCAAUCUUCGAACCCACAUUAUGUCAGCCGGAGAAAGAUGGUUCUUGCUUGUCGCGGGGAUCUUUUUGAUACAGGCUGCCCUGGCUGUCAUAUGGAAGCUCUAUUUCUUCACCAUAACCGUGGGUUAGGAACACUGAGGUGCCCCAGUGUAAGAGCGAUGUAGUUCAUAAAAACUUUUGAGAGAGACUGGGAUUUCUUGCCCCCUUGAUUGUUUUGCACUUACAUACAACUCAUUAUCAGAAAUAUUGGUAACUUUGUGUUCUUUGAUUUUUGGGAAAUGCCAUACAACUCCUCCUUGCUAGUAA